AUGUCCAUUGCUAUCACACUUGAACGGAGGAUGCCGCAGCUACACUCCUGCGCGUCACUGUGCGUCACCACACUUCUUGUCAGCCUGAUGAUGCUUCUUGCAUUCCCCCUUUUCACCUCCCUGACUAAGAAGAGCGAGUCGAUCAUCGCCAACACAGCGUCGCUGGAUUACAACCUCACUGAGGGGCGGAAAGCGCUUUACUUUUGCAAGUCGGCGUACUGCCCCGUGAAGAGUGUGAUUGAGUGGAACUGCGGCAGCGCCUGCUCCAACGCCACGCCGAAUUUUCGCGUUUUUAACGUCUACGACAACACCUCAACAGGCAACUUCGGCUAUAGCGGCAUCGACAACGAUGCGGGGCGCAUUGUCGUGGUCUUCCGCGGCACGCACAACACGGCAAACUGGAUACAAGACUUGGACUUCUGGUCCAUCCCAUACCCCAACCCGAGCUGUGGAAACAACUGCAGGAUUCACCGCGGCUUUUAUAGGGCGUACAGCAGUGUUCGCUAUCAGCUGAUCUACGAUGUGCUUUCGAUGCUUGAGCGGCAUCCUUCCUACACCCUCUUCAUCACCGGCCACUCCCUCGGUGGUGCAAUGGCCCUGCUGGCUGCUAUUGACUUUACAACAUGGAACGUUUCGAAGUCGGAAGUAGUGGACAACAGCGUGCAGCCCAGCAGCGCGGCACCAAAGCCAUCGCACUUGGCACCGGUGAUGCUCUACACAUUUGGUGAACCGCGCGUGGGCAACCAGUACUUCACGAAUUGGUCUACGUCUGUCUUGGCAAACGAGAAGCAGUUUCGUAUCACUCACGCAAAGGAUCCUGUGCCACAUCUGCCACCGCUCUCGUGGAGCUAUGUGCAUGUGCCGCAGGAGGUGUGGUACCCCGCAGACGACGAGGCCGUCCUCCUAUGCCAGGACAACAGCUCUACCGAGGACCCGUUAUGCAGCAACAGCGUGUACGCGACAAGAGUGGCGGACCAUCUCAUCUACCUCGGUAUUUGUACACGAUGCGAGUGCACGGCGGCGGAGAUGGAGGAAAUCUACAAGUACAAGCUACCACCCGAGACAUAUAGUCUUCUCGCCCUCGACUACGUCAUGAACAGACCCCGUCCUACAGUACGCUGA